CUCCACACGCCAGGCAACUUCUGCUGCUGACUGCAACGUGAACCAGACUGAAGGAAGUCACAUCAAAGAUGCAGAGGGGCUUUGGGAUAUUUUGCAUGUCGCUCAUCUUUUGUGCAACUCUUUCCGAGACCAUCGGGCUAGUUGUUGCGGCAAAAGAAAAGCGAGGCUGGACUAUGAACAGCGCUGGCUACUUGUUAGGGCCCCGUCGUAUUGAUCACCUAAUUCAGAUAAAGGAUUCUCCCAGUGCCAGAGGCAGAGACGAGCUGGUCACUCAAUAUGGACUAGAUGGACUACAUGGACACACGAGACUAGGAGACAAGCCGGGUCUGGCUGGGAAGAGGGACAUAGGCCAGGAGGAGGACUUCAGAACAGGCGCCCUGAGAAUAGCAGAUGAAGAAAUUAUCCACACUGUCAUUGACUUCUUGUCAUACCUCAAACUUAAAGAGAUGGGAGCCUUGGACAGCCUGCCUCCUUCUGUCACAUCAGAUGAACUGGCCAAUCCCUAAGGCUUUUGCUUCUCUGUUAUAAUUGUUGUGUUUCAACUCUUCUCUGGACUCCAACUGCCAUAAAUGUAUUGUAGCUCCUAAAUGUUACAAUUGUGUAGCUCCUAGCACACUGGUAGGUUGGUAGAUUUGUUCUGGUACCAUCUGACUGACUGACUGACCCUCAAUAUCAGAUCUUUCUCCUCUUGUGUAAACAAAAUUUUAUAUCCUCUUAAAGCCAGUAGUUGUGUGCUGACUAUAGGUGGAUCUACAGAAUUGGUACUUUUGUAUAAAACAACUCUAUAUUAUCACCAGAAUAUACUAUUAUGUGUUUUCAGAGAAUGGAGUGAAAUAAAAUAAAUGG